UCAGCUGGGGGGUUUAAAGAUGGCCGAGUGCAUGGCGGCGCGGUUAGCGGUUCAGGAGCGGCAGAUCGCGGCUCUGAGUGAGGAGGUUGGCCGGCUGAGGGACGCUCUGAGCGGGGGUGGAGGUGUCGGUGCCGGUGCCGGUGCCGGUGCCGGUGUCGGUGCCGGUGCCGGUGCUGAUGUACUGAGUGGAUCCGGGCUGGUGGAACUGCGCUCCGAGAACCAGAAACUGCGCUACCGGCUCCUGCACCUGCGGCGCGCGCUGCACUCACAGCCCCAGCACGAGACGCAGCAGCCGCAGGCCAGCACGCGCACAGGCCGCGAGAGCACCAACACAGCGUUAAUCAAAGAGAAGCACGAGAGCGCCGCGACUAAUGCAACAAGAGAACGCGCAGCACUGAAGCAGGCUGAGGUCAGAAAUCCAGCGGACAAGAACAAGAAGAAACAACAAGCCAAAGCAGAUGUGGUGGAGCGUCCUGAACAGUCUAAUGCUCCUGGUGUCCAAAACACAGCAGAGCAGAACAAGAAAAAAGAAAAACCUGAAGGAGAUAAAGUGGUGGAGCAUGCUGAGCAGCUUAAAGCUCCUGAAAUCAGAAAUGCAGUAGAGAAGAACAAGAAGAAAGAGAAGCCGAAAGGAAAGGAAGGACUGAACGAGUUACACCCCUGGCCCAACUACAUCCCUGAGCGCUUGGAGCUCUACGAGAGACUGAAGAAGGAGAGCGAUGCUAUUUUGGCCAAGCAGGCAGCAAACAGUCAGCCUUUCUGGGUUCAGCUACCUGAUGGACAGAAAGUGGAGGCUCAGUCAUGGGUCACCAGUCCAUACCAGCUGGCCUGUGGCAUCAGUCAGGGACUGGCCGAUAAAUGUGUGAUUGCACGUGUGGAUGGUGAGUUGUGGGAUCUGGACCGUCCACUGGAGAAGGACUGCUCUCUAGAACUGCUGCGCUUCGACAGUGAAGAUGCCCAAGCUGUGUAUUGGCACUCCAGUGCUCACGUCCUGGGAGAAGCUAUGGAGCGUUUUUAUGGAGGCUGCCUCUGUUACGGACCGCCCAUCGAAAAUGGCUUCUAUUACGACAUGUUCCCGGAUAGGCAGAAAGGAGUGUCGAGCACCGAGUUUGGAGAUCUGGAGUCACUCUGUAAGAACAUCAUGAAGGACAAGCAGCCAUUUGAAAGACUGGAGAUUAGCAAGGAAACCCUGCUGGAGAUGUUCAAGUAUAACAAGUUUAAAUGUCGGAUCUUGAAUGAAAAAGUCAACACACCAACCACUACUGUGUACAGAUGUGGCCCCCUGAUUGACCUGUGUCGAGGCCCUCACGUACGGCAUACAGGCAAGAUUAAAGCACUGAAGAUCUACAAGAACUCAUCUACGUAUUGGGAGGGUCGCUCAGACAUGGAGACACUACAGAGAAUCUACGGGAUUUCUUUUCCAGACAGCAAGAUGCUGAAGGAGUGGGAGCGCUUUCAAGAAGAGGCCAAAAACCGAGACCACCGAAAAAUUGGGAAGGAUCAGGAGCUGUUCUUCUUUCACGAUCUGAGCCCAGGCAGCUGUUUUUUCCUCCCUCGUGGUGCCUACAUUUACAACACUCUCACAGAGUUCAUCAGGGAGGAGUACUGGAGGAGAGGUUUUCAGGAGGUGGCGUCUCCUAACAUCUACAAUAGCAAGCUGUGGGAGACGUCGGGUCACUGGCAGCACUACAGUGAGAACAUGUUCUCCUUCCCUGUGGAGCAGGACAUCUUUGCCCUCAAGCCCAUGAACUGUCCUGGGCACUGUCUGAUGUUCAGCCAUCGACCGCGGUCGUGGAGGGAGCUGCCACUAAGGCUGGCCGAUUUUGGCGUGCUGCACCGUAACGAACUCUCAGGGACUCUCACCGGCCUCACCAGGGUGCGACGCUUUCAACAAGACGACGCCCACAUCUUCUGCACUAUGGAGCAGAUCGAGUCUGAGAUGAAGGGCUGUCUGGACUUCCUGCGUUGCGUCUACGAUGUUUUCGGCUUCUCCUUCCAGUUGAACCUGUCCACCCGGCCGGAGAAGUUCCUCGGGGACGUUGCGGUUUGGGACCAGGCAGAAAAGCAACUGGAGAACAGUCUGAACGAGUUCGGUGAGCCGUGGAAACUAAACCCCGGUGAUGGAGCUUUUUAUGGUCCAAAAAUUGACAUCAACAUCAAGGAUGCGAUUGGGCGGUAUCACCAAUGUGCCACCAUCCAGCUGGACUUCCAGCUGCCUAUUCGGUUCAACUUGAACUUUGUGGGGAAAGAUGGAGAUGACAAAGCCAGGCCUGUUAUUAUCCACCGUGCCAUCCUGGGCUCAGUAGAGAGAAUGAUCGCCAUUCUAACAGAGAACUAUGCAGGAAAAUGGCCGCUGUGGUUAUCUCCUCGUCAAGUUAUGGUAGUGCCUGUUAAUCCGUCCCUUGAAGAAUAUGCCAGUAAGGUGUGUAAGCAGUUUGUGGAGGCGGGCUUCAUGGCGGAUGCAGAUCUGGACUCUGGCUGCCUUCUGAACAAGAAAAUUCGUAAUGCUCAGCUUGCCCAGUACAACUUUAUUAUGGUGGUCGGCGAGAAGGAGAAAACGACUAACGGCGUGAAUGUGCGCACGAGGGACAACAAGGUCCACGGAGAGCUGACCGUCCCGGAGGUUCUGGCUCGACUCAAGCUGCUGAAACAUUCGCGCUGCAAGAACGCAGAAGAGGCGUUCUAAACACUACGGGUCUGAUCUCAAAUCGAAGAAAUACAACCUCCUCUCACUUACCCUAGUUACUUCUGUUGGAUCUGUAAGGAAGAACUGCUCGACCGUGCAACUGCUGAUUGUAUUUCCAAAUUUUAUUUAAUUAGCAUUGUCUUGGUGAAACGUAAUGAAAGUAUUUUGAUUUGGAUUUCAGUGGGAGGAACUAGGGGAUGUAAUGGGGGUAUUUUUUUCUUUUGAAUCAGGAUAAGAUCCUGGAAAGUUUCCUAAUUUAAGAAAGUAUUUAAGACAAAGUGUGCUGGGAAAUGUUGUCAAUAAUAAAUGAAAAUUAUUGAUGGAUUUCAACAAGUAUUGAAAGAGAUUACAAGGGUCUGGAACCAUAUACAGGGUGUAUGCAGGUAUUUUAGGGUUAUAUAGACAUAAUAUCCCCCCAAAUUCUGAUCUUAAACCACAUGAAGGGGCAUUAAAAUGUUAAAAGUAGCACAUUGGGUGUGUUCGAAAAUCUAGUGAGCUGCUUUGCUGUCUUAUUGCCUACACAGGCAGCUGCCUCAGUAGAGAAGAUUCUAAUAAGUCAUCGACUCAUAAGGCAGGUUAUUCGAACGCACUACUUAGACAGCGAUAACAUCGGGUUUUGCUUACUAAGUUAAUACAGUUAGCAUCAUGCCAUUCAAACCAAUGGGAUGAGGUGUCACAACGUGCUAGGAUGUCAAAUAACAUCUCCCUCCGUGUACCGAAAACGGUUACAUUCGCUGACAAGCCAGACAUGUUUUGUACACGUUUAUACAAAUAAAAAAUCAAUGAUUUAUUUAUUUAAGUUUGAAAAUAACCCUGUUCGUUUCUUCGCACCGUCCUGUGAGAAAAGUUGUGCCGCACUGAAUGCUGGGAUUGCCUUCGCCACUAAGGCAGCAUCGGAUGCUCCCUCGUUCUUGAGUCAAAAUAGUGUUGAAAUUUUAAGAUACCUUACUAGUGAGCAUAUUAAGGCAUAUAGGAUUUCCAACAGCCUCCUUCUCGGGAGUGCGCACAGGAUGAAGUAAAAUGCGUCUAUGUAGAGAGCUCACUAGGUUUUCGAACACACCCAUAAUUUACUCCAGCCUUAAUUCAGCCACGUUUCUUUAACCUCCCCCUUUGGAGUUUGAUUUGUUUAUUUUCUGUAAACUGAGUCUGGUCCUUCCCUAAUAGGCUAAAAUUCCUGACAAGUUGCUGAAAAUUUGGUCUGAACGGCUAGCUUUGCAAAUCUAAUGCGAGAUUAAAAUAUUGUAAGACACAUAAAGCAACAUUUUUAUUUUUAAUUUGCAUAAUUUACCACCGAUUCAUCCUGACCAGGUCCAAGUGGGCCCGACGGCCUGACCACCUCACCCUGGAACCACUGGUAACAAUGCAGUAACACAUCUUGGACAGGAUGCCAAUCCAUUGUGGGGCCUUGGCCAUCAUUUCCACAGACAUAGCCAAUCAUUUCAGUGUGACACCCAACCGCCCGACAUUCACCACUGGGGAUUCAAACCACGGCUCCCGGUGGCAGUAGGCCAGCGUAAUCCAUCACUGCACCACCUGAGCGCCCAUGGCAUUUUUAUUUUUGAAUUGUUCUGCAUGUUUGUCCAAGAGCAUAUUCUCUUUUCAGUACUGGAAACGCAAGUAGCUUUGAAGCUACAUUCAAAACGUACUACAAAUAAGAUCAGUAAUUACAUCGUGUAGCAUGGUGUCAUUUAAAAUAACAUUAUUUCUAUAAAAAUUUGAUUGACUCUUCUAAAAGAUGCUGAAAAAUUCACUGUAAACUAUCAUGCUGUUGCUUUAUGCCACUGUCUUGCUUAAGGGACACCAGACAAAAUUACCAGCCCAAGGUUUAGGACCAUGCAUCUUCAGAUAUAUAAAAAUGUAUUUCUUAAUAAGGCCUUAACUAACAGAGUGAAUUGAGGCAAAUUGAGACUUUAAAAGGAUAUGUUGACACCCUGUUUGUAGACAGAAUGUAUUUAAGUGCAAUUCACAUUCACUGGCCACUUUAUUAGGUUCACUUACCUUAUAUGCACAUUCACUGGCCAUUUGGUGAGCUUUACAUAGCAUAUAGAUGCACUUUAUGGGUAUAUGAUUACCAGAUGUUAUUUGGAUGGUAAACAGUUUUCAGUGCCAACAUGAUGAUUACGUUGCAGUGUGCAGUUCUGGUAUGAGUGUAUUAUGUGCAGUAGCAGAUCCAGAGUUUUUAAAUACUUGUACUGUUUAAAUACAUGCACUGACCUCUCUAAUAGAAAUGUGUACACUGGCCACCGGUCGUGUGGGUGGCGUCUGGUGGGCAUAAUUGGCAGUGCCUGCAGCAGAUACUAAUUGGCCACCGUAUCUGCUAGGGCGGGACGGCCAGGCUACGUGUGAGUGGGAAUUGGCGGAAGAGACGCCUGUGCAGAAUGCAGGGGCGAGAAGAGGAGGGCUGUACACGUGUCGGAAAGAGGCAUGGGCAGCGACGUGCUCUCUUCGGAUGCAAUCGGGUAUCCCCCAGCAGCGGAAGACAAAUUGACCGCACUAAAUCGGGAGGAAAAUGGGGAGAAAAUGCAUUAAAAAAAGAAAUGCAUACACUGUCAGAUUAGGCCAUUGAUAGCUUAAUGGUUUGGGUACUGGACUACUAAUCAAAAGGUGGGCUAUAAAGCAGGGCCUUUAACCCUGAACUGCCUGGAUCGUAGUCAAAAACAAUUAUAGUUUGCUUUGAAUAAAAGCACAGGCUAAAUUCCAGAAAUGUAAAUGAAACCUUUUCAUGCACAUCGUCUGUUAACCCCCGUUAACCUUCCAUCAGUGAACAGGUUCUGAUCGUAGGAUGCUGUCUGCUUUAUAUCUCUGGAUGGAGAGCUACUCUGCACACAUCACACAACACUGCUGCACCUGAUAAUGGUCUCUUUCCAUUAAUGGUUGGAGUACAGGGGCUGAUCAAGGGUACAGAGCAGCAUAUGAGCUACAGUCUGUAAUUGUAAAGCCACAAAAGGCAUCAAUAUAGUACGUAAAAUGAAAUGGACAGUAAAAUUGUGUACAAAAAGGGGAAUCUAAGAAAGUGGUGAGUGAGUAUAGUUCUGUAGAUGGUUUUGAUGGAGGUGACAUGACUUAAACCCUUGUGAAUGCAGCAAACUAUCUGGGUUUUUUUGAAGGAAAGUGAUGAUCAUGAUGGAAAAUGUGUAGCACUGAUGUCUGGUAAUUGUGAAGAAUAAACAUUUCACAGCAGCAUCUGA